AUGUCCAGUGGAUUGCUGUGGGGUGAAUUUACAAAGAAUGAUAAGAAGCAUUGUAACCCGUCUAUUCCUGUAUCUGUUCUUGCUGCCAAUGUUCUUUACACAGCUACAAGCAAAUAUCCUCUUCUAGUUAACUGGGAUGCUAACCUCCUCCGUGAGUCUGAAACCACUUGGCAUCCCCCACCACUAGAUUGGAUCAAAAUUAAUGUUGAUGUAGCUUUAAUGGAUUCUAAUUUAGCCAGUGUUGGUGGUGUGGCUCGGGACUCUAAAGGAACUUUACUACUAGCUUUUGGAAAGAAAAAAUUGCAUUGGGACAUCAAUCAACUUGAACUGGAAGCCAUAUUCACUUUGAAGCAUUUCAUUCAAAACUGGAAAUAUGACUGUAAAGGAUUAAUAAUUGAAGGAGACAAUUACAAUACCAUCAAGUUCCUACGGAAUUCGGUUGUGAACUAUUCUGCUAUAGGCAAGAUCUCCGAGCAGAUUUCAUUUCUCCAAGACUUCAAUAAGGUAAUUUUUCACCACAUACCUCAUAAUUUUAACAGAGUUGCUAACUUGUGUGCAACUUUAGCUCUUCAGAAUAAUUUUUUCUUUAACUCCAUUUAUGCUCCUGAUAUUCCUUCUUCACUAACUUGUCUUCUGAAGAACGAAUAUGAGGCUUGCUUAUCUUGA